AUGAUCACUGAGAGUAAACUUUUAGUGUUUUAUGACUCCAAGAAACCUUUCCGAUUAUCGUGCGACUCAUCUGCCUAUGGAGUUGGAGCAGUAAUAUCGCAUGUAAUGAAAGAUGGCUCAGAGAGACCAAUACCUUUUGCCUCCAGAACACUGAGUGAAACCGAGAGACGACGGAAUGAGCUUACACUGGAAAAGGGAUUGCUCUUGUGGGGGAUGCGAGUGGUUAUUCCGGACAAGUUUAGAGGUCGCUUGUUGCUAGAGCUGCAUGAUGAACAUUUAGGAACGUCUCGCACAAAAGCCUUAGCCAGGGGGUAUCUUUGGUGGCCUUAUUUAGACAGGGACAUUGAAGACAUGGUUGAAAGAUGUUCAGCUUGUGCAUCUACUAGAAACACUCCAAAAGAAAGCCCCCUGCAUCCUUGGAUUUGGGCUUCUAGACCAGGGCAACGAGUGCAUAUAGAUUAUACAGAAUAUAAGGGGCAGUCCUUUCUUGUUAUUAUCGACAGUUUUUCAAAAUGGCUGAAAGUCAUGCAGGUGAAGUCCACCACAAGCAGCAAUACCAUAGAAAAGUUAAGAACAUGGUUUGCCUCAGUUGGAAUACCCGAAGAAAUAGUGAGUGACAAUGGGCCCAAGUUUACAUCUUGUGAGUUUCAAGACUUCAUGAAGCACAGUGGAGUUAAACAUACACUUGUACCGCCCUAUCAUCCUCAGUCAAAUGGGUUGGCUGAAAGAGGAGUACAAAUUCUAAAAAAAAGCAUGAAAGAGGCAAGAUUUUGA